UAAAAAUUGUUGACCUAGCGUCAGCCAUCCCAAUUGACUUCCUAAAACAGAAAACAUAGGGGUCAGUCCAGUAAGUGCAUUGAUAAUGAAACCGAUCACUGAUUGGCUGAAGUUAUAGUUGCUCGUGCUCACUGCUUUGGUGAGGGAGACGGAGGUCAUAGGAGAGUAGUUGGGGAACAGAGAUUUCUAGCGGGAUUGGGGCUUUGAGGGAGAAUGCUGCGCAGGACCGUCUCCUUCCCCAUUGAGGCGGGGCGGCUGCAGCAGCUGGGUCUAUUGGACUGUGCCUCCCACGGUGUGACAUCAUGCUCGGUGCUCGACCUCCCGUCUCUCCACCGAGGUCACCGGGGUUCACGACAACGGGAGGAUGAGUGGCAGGGCCGGUACCAGGGGCCUGCCGAGGCUGGCCAAUGGGAGGAUGAGCGGCAGGGCCGGUACCAGGGGCCUGCCGAGGCUGGCCAAUGGGAGGAUGACGGUGGGUUAGUGGUCACACCCUCUUCUAAUGGUAGCACCAGGGGACCCAGAUGGAAAGAUUUGUAUACCAGCUCAGACCAGCUAAGGUCAGACUCAGUGGAAGAUGAUAGCUAUGAAUAUGAAGAGGGGAAGCAGAAUGGUGAGUCUGUCAGGCUGUACGUGUCAGAGGAAGAGAGGAUCCUCAACUCUGCAGACCUGAGUUCAGAGGAGAGGCGUGAUGUUCUAGCAGAGUUGGUGUAUUCCCGAAGCAGACUGAAGCAAUUGAACUCAGAGCUGCAGAGAACAGUAGAGGUAGCCGAUGACAACAACACACUGCUACGCACCGAGAACACUGCCCUGCGCAACCAAGUCAAAGGGAUGAAGCAAUCGAUCCAUGAUGCAGAGCAGCUGAUGGACGAGCUGGAGGAGAUCCGGAGCCUAUUGGUUGAGAAAGACGAUGCUACGGGCAAUCUGGAGGCCUACAUCAAACAACUGGAGAAAGAGAAGGAGAUUUUGGAGGACCAGAUCGAAACCAUCGGCAGUGAGAUGUCCCGUAUUAUACCAGACAGAGCCACUGACAAGAAGAAGAUCGUUAACCUCAGCCAGGCUCUACAAGCCUUACAGCUUCGACUCGAGGAGAGCAGACUCGCUUUGGAUCACAGGGAUGAGGUCCUACGUAAGGACUUUGUAGUUGAGCAGCUGGGGCAGUCCCUUACAGAGUACUCCUCCAUUGCACAGGAUCUGAAGGAGAAGAUGAAGGAUCUGCAGAGCCAACUGGCAGAGGCCCUAAUUAAUGGAGGAGAGGGGGGUUACAUGUCAUUAGAUGGAACUCUGUCUGCAGCCACUCAGCGCUCCAUCUCUCUAGCAGAGGAACUGGGUCUACUGCCAUGCAUGAUGGAGGACUCCUCUGAUGAGGUGCAGAGGGAGGAGAAGAUAGAGGAGGAGCAGAGAGUGGAGGAGAGGGUAGAAAGACAGGCGGAUGAGAAGAAAGAGGAGGUGGUUAAGGAGGAGAAACAGAUGCUAGAGGAGAAGAGUGGUGUGUGGUCAGAUAUGGUGAGAGGUGUCCGAGCAGCAGGAGGUUUCACCCUGGGUUUCCUGGUUCCUCUGGGUGUCCUGGUCUCCAUGGUCCCCGGCUGCUACGACCACUGUACAGGACUCGGCUUCACCAACACUUUCUGGUCUACAGCCAGAUACCUCAUACAGCCAUACUGCAAUGUGCACCACAUAGGCCUCCCCCCGCUGUAAUACACACCAGAGGGAGCUGGUGGGGGGAGCUAUAGGAGGCUUAUUGUAAUGGCUGGAAUGGAAUUAUUAUCUACUUAUCAACCUAUACGCAUAUCUACCUACAUAACUAUCAACAUUCACACACACACACUUAAACAUGAAUACGACGCACACACACACAAUAAUACAACUCAAACCCUGAUAAUCAACCCUUCCAGGCUGCUAUGCUGCUGUCAACUAGGUGAAAGGUGAAAUAAAACGAAAUAAACUGGAAUACGGCAUCAUACAUGGACAACUUGUUGUAUUUUAAAUGGAAAAGGUAGAGAAGAUUUUACAAUGUGUAUUUAUUUAUUUGUUAUGCACAUUUUAAAUUGACAUUUUAAAGUUUGGACUCAAUGUUGUUAAUGUUUUGUUAUUUUUUGUCUCAUUUCUGUAUAGUGUUCUGUACAGUACAGAAAUUCACUGCCACGUCA